ACGCCCCUUUAGUUCGUUUCCUGGACUUAACCCUGAGGUGUCUCAGCAGCACCCUAGACCCCAGUCCUGCUAACAGGUGGACAUGGCCUGCAGGGGCUGUACACGACCAAGGGGCCUGGCCUGGGUCCUGCAACUGACUCUGGCAUGGAUCCUGCUAGGGGCAUGUGGAGGGAGCCGUGCACUCCCCAUUAGGUCCCAGAGACACCAUAGGCUGGCAGCUGAUCUGGGUACAGGCCAGCUGCACCUAGCAGAGAUGGACACGCCAGAGGCACUGGAACUUGGAAUCCUCUCGGAGGGCUGCAGGAAGCCUAGCCCCAGGUGCGAAUCCUUUCUGGGACACCUCCAAGUUGCUCUCCGCAGUCGCUUCCGCCUCCUGCUACUGGGGGUACACCAGACACAGCUGCUCUGCCCGGAGCUCUGCCAUGCCUGGGUUGCCAUCUGCAAAAGUGCUAUCACCUGCGGCCCGACUUGGCUCCCACCCCUAGAAAUGAGGGACUGCGACCCUGGCUGCAGGCCCUACGGGCAGACCUUCGCCGACGGGGUGGACCUUUGCCGCUCGGUGCCGGGCUACACGCUGCCGGCGGUAGUUCCUGGCGGUGGCGACUGCCUCAACAUUUCCAUCUCGGUGCUUCCGACUCGCAGACAGGGGCGCAGGGCCCGGGAGGCCACCUUCCCACGCCCCCGCCACCCUCGCACCCGGAUCCAGGACGUGGCAGGCAGCGGGAGUGGCAGUGGAAGCGGCGGCGGCCCCUAGGGGGCGCCCGGCCCCCGAGGGAAGAGGCGUCCCUCCAUCCCCACGCCCUGCCCGGCCCCCACAGUCACUCAGAGCUCCCCCCCUCUCCCUCUCUGCCUUCUGGUUUCCGGAGCCCUGUCCCUCCUCGCUAGAACCCCAGAGACUCGCUCCUCUCCGAUUCCUAGAGAAACUCAACUCUAGCUCAUUUCCCCCUCUCCCCCGAAUAAAGUCGCCAA